CUCUCCUUCUGCGGAACUCUAUGGUCAGAGGACGCUUCUGUGACCCCGGAGGCAAUCCGGGGGAGCAGGAACGGCAAGAUGGCGGCGCGAGCGGUGUUUGGGGCCCUGGGCCGGCGUCUCUGGCAGGGUUCAAGGAAUUUUUCUGUAAGCAGUUCUAGGAGCAGUAUAGCCAAAAACGAUGGCUUUCUUCUCACCAGUAUGAAGUGGGUACAGUUUUCAAACCUACACGUUGAUGUCCCCAAGGAUUUGACCAAGCCUACGAUAACCAUUUCUGAUGAACCGGACACAUUAUAUAAGCGCCUGUCAGUUUUAGUAAAAGGCCAUGAUAAGGCUGUAUUGGACAGUUAUGAAUAUUUUGCAGUGCUUGCUGCUAAAGAACUUGGUAUCUCUAUUAAAGUACAUGAACCUCCAAGGAAAAUAGAACGAUUUACUCUUCUCAAAUCAGUGCAUAUUUUCAAGAAGCACAGGGUUCAGUAUGAAAUGAGAACACUUUACAGAUGUUUAGAGUUAGAGCAUCUCACUGGAAGUACAGCAGAUGUCUACUUGGAAUAUAUUCAGCGAAACUUACCUGAAGGAGUUGCCAUGGAAGUUACAAAGACAAGAUUAGAACAGUUACCAGAACACAUCAAGAAGCCAAUUUGGGAAACAAUACCAGAGGAAAAAGGAGACAGCAAGUCAUAAAGUCCCACAGUGACCACUUGUACCAGGAUGUGGAGUGAACAUGUCAAGUGGAGGGACCCUCCAGUGAGAACUAUUUCAGGUCUACCCGACUGCGCUCCUGAGGCCACAUGGCCUGAUCAGUGUAACGCAGGGGUCAGAACUUUACGAUACACUGGCCUGUUGUGCAAGAACCACUUUAUCUGUUCUUUUGUAAGCCUCAUGUAUUUCAGUUCUGAUUUUAACAAAUACGAGCAAACCAUUUGGACCACUCUGUGCCAAAACAGGGAAAUUGACAUUUUGUUAUUCUGCUGUUGUUAUUAGUUUGUACUGAUUGUGAUUUCUGUCUUUUCAUUCAUCUAAAAAUGAGUGUUUCACAUACUCCUCACACACAUUUUUUUUCUUUUGAGGGACCUAAAAGGAACCUUUGGUUAAUUAAACAUUGAGCAGUUUGAGUUUUUGAUACUUACCUAGUGUAGGCUGGCAUAUGAUAGUUUGGGAUGGUGACCUCCAAGUUUUGCCUCAUGUGAGCAUUACAUUCUUAAAAAUGGAUAUACUUUGCAUCAGAUCAAGCAUGUUUGUGGCUUGCGCUGAACCCCUCUGGGGCUGCCUGGAAGGGUCACUGUAAUGGAAUUUGAGCUCUCGAGAAAUCACUGAUUAUUGGUUCAUUCAUCCUGUAAUUUGUUUAUUCAGUAAGCUUUUCUUUUGUUAGGUUUGCACCCAGUACUGUAGUAAAUACCAAAAAUUGAAUAGCAAUAAUGGCUUUCAAACAUUGUGCAAGGCACAAAUAAAUACUUUUCCUUAUUAAGUUCCAUGCUGAUAAGACCUCUUUCUUUUGGUGAAUAGCACUCUUUUUGUUUGGAGAUGUCUACUUUUCCAUGAAAUUAGAUAGCAGUAAAGAGCUCUGAAAGAGGCAGGAUGACAGUGGGUUGAGACUAUUGGUGUAUCAACCCCAAGGGACUGGUUCGUUUCCUUUUUACAGAAGAAUCGGGUGCUUGUCUUGUGGUUUCCUUCUCAUCUUUGGGGUAGUUUGACUUCUCAGUUUUCCCCCCUUAAACUGGAGUCCCUUUUCUCUUUGCCUGACCUGCUAUCAGGUGUGAGUGUUCUGAAUGCACACUGCUUACGUAUCAGACUUACAUUACUGUCAUUAACUUGAAAAGAAUUACAGCCUUGUCCACCAAGACCUCAUUCUGUUUUCACCUCAGUUGUGGACUGUCAUUCACAAAUGUAUAAAGCAUGAUUACCCCAGGAAUAAGCCUCAGGAUUAAGAACUAAUCAAUGAAACAGAAGCAAUAUAAUAGUAAAUAUACAUAACAAAGCAGCCAUUGUGGCUCAUUUUCACUAUAAAAAGAUUCUUUAAAAAUAAACACAGACCCACAUCUCACCCUUUUUGGUGCUUUUAUUACAGACUAUCAGUCACAUAAUUAUAGUAGGGUGACGUGCACCCUCGCCUCUGGUGGCUCUCCUUUAAAGGUAUACUUCCAUUUCCAACUGUUUUCAGACUAAAGAAGCCUGUUAAACCAGAUUACUUAGCUCUUCACAUUACAUAUUAAAAUCUCAUUUUAAGAUAAAUACAGAGAUAAACUACACACACAACUAAAAUUAGUGGUAUUUCCUUGACAUAAGUAAUUGGCAUAUUUGAAGCCUACUUGAUGUAAACUAGGUAACUUGUUUAUUCUCAGACUGAGAAAGUUUUGUUGUUUCUUCUAAAUUGGGUCCCCUGAGUAAAAUGCACAGUCCGAAAAUUAGAAUUAAUGCCCAAGUCUCACUCUCUGUUCGUGGUGGUGAUGAGAGGUAGUGAGAAGCAUAGACCUGCUGUCAGGAUGGACCAGAAGGCAGGUAUGAAUUAAGGUGGUCUUUUAUUGAAGUGAAGGGCUGAAUUCAGUGUUGCUUUCUCUGAUCUGAAGUAUAGUUUUUUUUAUAUUAUAUAAAAUAGUGUUAAGGUCUGUCUUAAACUAUUGGUAGACUCUACAGAUUAAACUUGUUCAGCACCUGGUAGUUUUGAUUUCAAAGAGAAUUACUUAAUAUGUCCUUUGGCCACUUAGAUAUGCCACAGUAAACACGUAAAGCAGUGGUUUUAA